UACACGGAAACGCACGUGGUCCGAGCCGGGGCUUGCGGGGUGGUUUCCUCUGCGACCAGUCCCCGCGGUUAGCCAUGGAGCCCCGCAGUGUGGAAGAGGUGCUGGCCCGGGCCGAGCAGGCCGAGGCGGAGAAGCUGCGGCUCAUCACUGUGCACAAGGACCUAGAGCUCGAAUUCGAUCUGGGCAACCUCCUGGCCAUUGACCGCAACCCCCCGACGGGCCUGCGGCAGCGGAACAAGUCGGAGUUGGAGACGCGGCUGCUGGGGCUGGCCCGCGACAACGUGCAGCUGCUCAUCAACCAGCUGUGGCAGCUGCCCACGGAGCGCGUGGAGGAGGCGGUGGUGGCCAAGCUGCCCGAGCCCAGCCUGCGGCUGCCGCGCGAAAAGCCGCUGCCCAAGCCGCGGCCGCUCACCCGCUGGCAGCAGUUCGCGCAGCUGAAGGGCAUCCGGCCGCGGAAGAAAACCAGUCUGGUGUGGGACGAGACGAGCAAGCAGUGGCGGCGGCGCUGGGGCUACCAGCGGGCCCGCGACGACACCAAGGAGUGGCUGAUCGAGGUGCCCGGCGGCGCCGACCCUAACGAGGACCAGUUCGCCAAGAGGCUGCAGGCCAAGAAGGAGCGCGUGGCCAAGAACGAGCUGAACCGGCUGCGCAACAUCGCCCGGGCCCACAAGGUACAACUCCCCAGCCAGGGGGGCAUGCACCCCACCGGCUACCAGAGCCGAGACGAGUUGGGCAAAGCCAUGCAGGUGGCCAAGCUGUCCACCGCCUCCGUGGGGCGCUUCCAGGAGCGGCUGCCCAAGGAGAAGCCGCCCCGGGGCCCCGGCAAAAAGCGCCAGUUCCAGCCGAAUAUCGGCGACUUUGCUACCGAAAAGAAGAACCAGUUGGAGCUGAUCAGGGUCAUGAACAGCAAAAAGCCCAGAAUGGACGUGACCAAGGCCACCAACAAGCAGAUGAGGGAGGAGGACAGGGAGGAGGCCGCCAAGAAGAGGAAGAUAGCCAAGGGGGGCAAGCGAAAAGGGCGACCCCCAGGGCCGGGGGCCAAGGGGAAAGGGGGACCUCCGGGCCCAGGAAGCAAGAGAAAAGGGGGACCACCAGGCUUAGGUGGCAAAAAAGGACAGCGUCAAGGAGGAAAGAGAAGGAAGUGAUGAAUUUUCCUCUCUAAUGUGUGUUCAAUCACUGAAUUGGGAGUGCCUUCUUGUGUGUUUGCUGGUUAAGCACCUAAGCUCUGUGGCCCAAAAUUUAAUUGCUUUGGACAUAAAAAAAAUGAAUGGGGACAGAGUUAUCAAGGAAUAUCCUAGGGCUUGAAAUGGUUUUCUGGACUUUGAAACUUAAACUGCUUGAACUUUUGGAGGAGGGGGAUUGUUGAGGAAGUUAUGAAUAUAUUUCAAUUUCUUAGUAAAAGUUUAAUAUUGUGAGUUCUGAAUUGAGUAUAAAAGUAACCAGGUGUAAAAAUAAAUGUUGAGUUCUUAUCCAAAA